AUGACAUUGGAGAACUCUUGCUCUUCCUCUGCCUCUUUGUAUAAAAUGACUGCCAAUGAUAACAAGCAUUCUCUCUCUGAUUUCUUAUGGCAAUCACCCUUACUGUUCAACUGCCACUUUGAUGAGGCUGCUAAACAGGCUAUAUUAUCACGUUGUUAUGAAUCCUUAUGGAAAGAUGAAGAAGUGAUGAGUCAAUAUUUUUUUAGUACAAAGCAAGAACUACAGCAAGCAUUGGCAAUCCAGUCUCAACGCCAUGAUGGAAAAGAGCAAAAUACAGUCAUUGAUCCAGCUUUGUGGCAUACAAAUGCCAUCAUCCCGAAUCAAGACUUGUCUAGUCAAAAGGGUAGACAGUGUGGACACGUGUUUCGCAAAGGCGAACCUGUGUACCGAUGCCGAAACUGUGGUUUAGAUGAUACAUGCGUAUUCUGUAGCAAAUGUUUUCACGCGACAAACCAUGAUGGACACGACAUUUUAUUUUCUGUUAGUCCAGGAUCUGGCGGAUGUUGUGAUUGUGGUGAUCCUGAAGCAUGGAAAAUACCUCUUAAUUGCAAAAUACACUCAAGUGAACAAAUACAAACUGAUAUAGGGUCAGAAAAAUCACUUGAUCCUGAUCUGGCUGCCUCUAUCCGAGAAACCAUUGCUUCGGUGCUUAAUUUCUUACUAGAUACUUUUGCUUUGGCGCCUGAUGAAGUUACCCUUAACUCUUCUACUGAAGAUUUGGUUAGAGAAAACCAAGAGCAACGCAAUAUUUUAAGCAGAAUGGGUAUUCCUUCACAAUUACCAAAUCAAAAUGACGCAACGAUGGAAAAUACAGCUGAAGAAGAUGUUGAUAUGGACAAGGAAAAUGAUGAGAAGAAUGUUGAAGAGGAUGGUGAAUUAUAUGCCUGUAUUGCUUGGAAUGAUGAAGCGCAUGCAUUUUCUCAUGUAUUAGAAUCCAUCAUGACAGCCACUGGCUGGGAUUGGCAAAAAGCAAAGCAGAUUGUAGAUGUAAUUCAUGUGCAUGGAAGAGAGAUUAUUGCGGUCUCUAAAGAUAUCACUGAAUUACGCAAAAUUGCAGUACCUUUAUCUGCCAUUAAUCUUGGUGUUACUAUUCGACCAGCCAAAGAAACCUUUAGAGAGCAAGUAUGCGGACUACUGGUGGAUUGGUUAAACGAAUUAAUAAACGGUGAAACGCGUUUCUUUGAAGGAAUACCCAAUGGUGAUGCAAUUAUUCGAAAUAUAUUAUGUGAAGAAUUAUGCGCAGAAUGGGAGCUUCGAUUGCCUUUGGCUCUUUUGACAACUGGAUUACGCACGAAUAACACAGAAGAUGACGAGGAUGAAGACGGUAUGAAAGACGAUCCAGCCAUUACUAGCUCAGAUAUCGCUGAAGAUGUUGAAAUGUAUGAACCUGAUGUUGAUACGGUCAAACUAGAGACCAACGAGUCCACAAGUCCUGUUGUUUACCGCAAUCAAUGUGAUGUAGCUAGUAUUGAUUGGGAUCCUGCUGCCAUGGUUCGAGAGUACCAACAACUGCGUGCAAAAGAAACCGAAUUUGGAGAAUCAUUGUCAGACAGACAUGGCAAAAAGCCAAGCAAACCAGUCGAACAACAAGAAACAUUUCAAUCAGCCAUUAGCAUGCAAAAAGAAUUCGAAGAGAAGCUACGUCUAGAUUACUUUAUGUUAUAUGAUCUGAAGCUAUGGAAAGAAGUGCGUAUUUCUCUAAGAGAACUGUACAUUGCUUCCUUGGCAUCCAAUCCUCAUUUCAAAAAGAUUCUCGGUAAGCGUCUUGCUAGAAACUACGCUAGACUAGCAGAGUCUUUCUUGUUGCGUGAUCGUGAACCUGAAAAUUCCAUCAUUCUUUUCUCUGUUCAACUUUUGACUGUACCCACUGUUUCUGAUCUGCUUGUUCACAAUUAUUACUUUUUCGGCCUUAUUUGCUCUACUUUGACUGCCUUCUUUUUGACUGAUCGUCUCUAUCUGUUGCUACCCUCUGAACGUCCAAAAUACCCUUCUCGAAUCAACUGUGAAUCUCGAGCUUUUCGCACUCGUCGUUACUUUAAUGCUUUCCAUGAUCUGCGAUACAUCAUGAAUGUGGAUAUGAUUAAGCGUGUACUUGCUCAAGACCCUCUUUAUCUUUGCCAGUACCUUGAUUUGAUCAGUCUUUUCCAAGGCAUGAAUGCUCAAAUAUGCCAAAAGGAUACUCAUGUUGAAUACGAAUCUGAAAUAUGGGUUAAUGCAUUCAAUGUAACACUCCAGAUUGCUAAAUGCUGUCGUCAAUUUUCUGAUUGUUUUGCCAUGUUACCCUUUACUACUGACGAAGACAAAAUAUCUACUACUACCACUGUUGUAAGAGCUAUCUCUCGCGUUCUCAAAGCUAUUAUGGAAUGGGGUCAAGUAGACGAUGAAGAAGAAGAAAUCGAAAAAGCAAAACAACUGUCAGCUACUGCUAGUAGUACACCACCACCAAAGAUCUAUGGCGCCAUGGCUCAAAAUUUUCAUACAAUCUCAUUGAGAUACACUGAACCCUUUGAAGUUGUUAAAUAUAGUGUGGCUACUCAGCCUGUCUCAUUCCAUCACCCCCUGCAUUGGCUGCUCUCUGGUCUUUUAGAAUAUGCACAUUUAUUGACAGAUGAUGUCUUGUUUCAAGCUGGAUGGGAAGGUGGCUUCAAGAAGGUAGUUACUUUAUUCCAUGAAUCCAAAAAUUCAGGUACAAAUGUAUUACUGCCUAUCCUUGACUUUCCUAUUCGUACGAUUGUCUUUUCUUCCCAAAUUAGAGCUGGUGUUUGGGUUCGAAAUGGUUAUGGUAUUAGGAAUCAGGCACAUCAUUACAGAGAUAUUUCUUUACGCGAAAACACAUACGAUGCCGAUGUAUUCUUGUUGCAAAUGGGUUUCGCUACACUUAAUUCCAACCGCUUCUUGGCCACUAUUCUUGAUCGUUUUGACCUUGUCUCUUGGUUCUUGGGCAAGAAGACCCAUGAAAGCUAUGAUGCGUCACAAACUGUGUUUAUGGUUGAGGAAUUAUUGAGUCUUUUGAUUGUGAUUGCCUGUGAAAGAGCCAAUGUGUCUGGCAUGUCUAUCCACGACAAAAUUCGCCGUGAAAUUAUCCAUAAUUUAUGCCUUGGAUCAUCUGCUUACUCAGAACUCACAAAACAUAUUCCCGAACGCAUCACUGAGCACCCUGAUUUCGAUCGAAUUCUUGCUGAAGUAGCCCAUUUCAAGAGCCCUGACGGUGUCAAUGACCAUGGAUCAUAUGAACUCAAAGAUGAAUAUUUUGGCUCUGUGGAUACAUACUUUUGGCAUUUCAGUCGUAACAACCGUGAAGAAGCUGAAUCUAUAUUCAAGGCUCGAUGGAAGAAAGCAAAUCCUGACAAGAAAGAUGAUGAGUUCUUUAUAUUACCCAAAAAAUCUCCAAUUGCACCUGGUCCCUUCCAGCAUAUGAACUCCUUCUUACAGUCUACUUUGUUUGUUCAAAUGUUGGUCUUUGCUAUCUGGAAUGUUUACACUGGUGAUAACCAUAAGAGCGAUACUAUUUUGGAUCAAGCCUUGUAUUUGGUCUUGUUAGCCCUUAUAGAUGAAAACUCAGAAGAUGCAUUUAAUAAUGGCCAAGGCAAGUUCUACGAUUAUGUGUGCUCUUUGCGCUUUGUGAUAGACGCACAAGAAACCGCAGAGCCUCAACAAGAUGCCUCAAAGCAAUCCCGCGAAGUAUCUUUAUUUGAUAUCUUGGUCAUCUUGUACACAGAUGAGCGCUACAAUGAAAUCAAUAGCCGUCUUGAUUGGAUCUUUGAGCAAUUAAUUAAGAAAGGCAGCGAUACUACUCAGGCUAAUGCUCAAAGCUGGAAAGCACAGCACCGUGAGCAAAUGGAAAAGAACGCACAACAAGAAAACAAUACCGAAUUAUCAGAAAUGGAAAAGAAAAAAUUGGCUGCUAAAGAAAGACAAAAGAAGAUCAUGGCUCAAUUUGCUCAAGCUCAAUCACAAUUUAUGGAACAAAAUGAGUUCUUGUACGAAGAUGAAGACGAUGCUUUUGUAGAUGCACCUGACGCGUUCUCUAAUGAGGAUGAAAAAAGUGCCAAUUCAGACACAAUUAAUCAUUUCUGUGCCUAUCCCACUGGUACCUGUAUUGUAUGUCAAGAAGAUGUGAAUGACAGAUCAUUGCCUUACGGUCUAUUGGGUCUAAUUCAGACGUCUAAUAUUAUUCGGGAGACUCCUAUGAAUGACCACUCAUUAUUUAACGAUAUUUAUAAUAUGGGAGCAAAUCUGGAUAUUGAAUGGAGUGACCGUCAAUGUUUAGACGAUGAUGCACCAACAGUGCCCGGCUUCCCAGCUCAUUUGCACAAGACAGGUCUUUAUGCUUCUUCCUGUGGACACUUGAUGCACAUCAAAUGUUUUGAAGUGUAUUGCAACUCUAUUGAUUCUAGACAUGCUGCACAAUUGACUCGAAAUCAUCCGGAAAAUAGAUCUCGAAAGGAAUUUAUGUGUCCCCUGUGUAAGUCUUUGGGAAAUGCCUUACUCCCUGUAUUUUGGAAAGGCAAAAAAGAAUCUUAUCCUAGUAUCUUGGCAAAGGCUAAGGAAGCUGAUUUUGCAACAUUUUACAAAUCUGAAGUGAAUCAGAUUGUAAACAAACUAAAGCAUAGCAUCAUGUCUUCUUCGCGAAGUGCACAAAUAAGAAAAUCAGGUCGAGAUAAUUCAACAGCAAGUCGUAUGAAGGAUGUUAUGGCACAACUGUUGCCAAACCUGCCUGCAAUUGGUGCUGCUACACCAACACCAGGAACUCAUACCAUUACUCCUCCAUUUGCUAAUACUCGAGAAUGGACUCCUACUGCUUUCCCUACUCGUCUUCCCAUUCCUGCUCCCCUGGAACUCAAUAAUCAGGCUGUUACUGACACUCCUGCUCAACAGCCACAACAACAAGAAGGCGACCAAAUGAACGUCAAUACUGAAGAAGAUGAAGCAGAUCGUGACGUUGAAACCAUGUUGAUGCGAAGUGCAUUUAGCACUGAGUCUCUUCCUCUUCCUGAUGGCUACUUAGGCCCUUUCGAAAACGACACUUUACACAGUACAGCCAUGGUUAGUGCUCCCUCAAUUAAAAAAUCAUAUCAACGUCUUCUUGAUGUCCUUGGCAUUAUUUAUCAAGAGAUCUGUACUGAUGAAAAUGAACGUGAGAUGUCAACAGCUGCUGAAAAUGUGGACAUGCUUUGGGGAAUUAUGGGCUAUACUAUUGCUGGUGUCGAGAUUGCUGCUCGUGGUUCUGAGCGUCAUAGCGUGCAAGAAGAGGGUGCUACGAAUACCUUGUUUGAUCAAGUAUCCGCUCAAAUGCAGAUGCUACUUCGCAUUUUGAGUGAUACUAUCAUGGCUUACACUACCUUGAUGUGUUCUGUAUCCACUGAAUCCAAGUCAUCAUCUACAAGUAUACCUAUGGCUCGUGUCAACAUGUUUUCUUUAGGACGCAUGAGACAAAUGUUUGAAAUUAAUGUCGAUGAUGUUGCUAAUCUGCCUGCCGGGCCUUCUCAAAAGAUUGUGUUAUAUGAUAACGCACCUAUCUUAGAAGAUGAUCCUUUCAUGAUUCUAACUGAAUUAUCGCUUCAUUUAGUGCCAACGACUCAAGCAGAUAUCUUCCCUUUUGUUCGCACGUUACUCUUGGCUGAAUUUGCUAAAAUAGCAAUUGCUUUACUUCAAGAUCGACUUAAUAGAGAAAAAACCAAUGAACAUUAUACAGUAUCUAGCGAACCUUCUCAAGAUAUUGCUAAUGCUAAAUCGUUUGCAUUCUCGUUAAUGAACAAACUUCGGUUUACAUCUGAGGAAGCGCAAAACACAUUCCAAAAAUUUGAUAGCGAUGCUUCUUUCUGCACUUUACUCAAGUUCUUUGCACUACCUUUCCUUCGUCGCACUAUUAUUUUGAUGAUUGUUCGAUUCGGUCUUGUUAUUCCACCUCUUGAUACCAAUGAAAACACUGGUGCUGAUGAACUAGAACGUCUUAUGAACAUUUUACGGUUACCCAAAUUUGCAGACCUUUUACAACCUGCCUCUAUGACUGAAUCUUUGCUUCAUUAUUGGUGUUCUCAACACCUUCGAGAAUCAGAACGUCGCAUCCAGGUUCAAGAAGGUAUUCAGGUUCCUGUUCCUGCAAGCCGUCUGUAUAAUAUCUCGUUAGAUUUGCCCACGCCUUUCCAUUUAGUAGCCUUGCCAAAGCGCUUAGAUUGCCUCUUUGAUGAAAGCAUGAAACGUGUCUGUCAAAAGUGUGGCACGGUACCAAGCGACCCAGCCAUUUGUUUAUUCUGUGGUACAUUUGUCUGUGCUCAAAGUUUUUGUUGUGCAGAAGAUGAAGAAGGUGAAUGCAACCUUCAUACUUUAGAAUGUGGUGGUGAAAUUGGUGUGUUCUUAUCUGUGAAGAGAUGUGUGCUCAUGCUGUUACAUAACGGUAAUGGCUGGUUUAUGAAUGCGCCUUAUUUGGAUCUUCAUGGUGAAGUUGAUCAAGGCCUAAGACAUGGCCGACCUCAGUAUUUGAGUGCAAAGAGAUAUGCCGAAGUCCGCAAGCUAUGGCUUCAACACAAUAUACCAAUUUAUGUAGCUAGACAAAUAGAAGCCAAUUAUGACAUAGGUGGAUGGACAACCCUUUAA